GGCCUUUUCCAUUAUCAAUAUAAAAACGAAAGUGAAAGUAGGAAACCCCAACGAAAAAACCAACUUGUCAAAAAUGGAGGAGCAACAAUAUGGAGCAUACAAAGAUAUGCUUAUUUCUAUCGCAGAUAUAGUUGAUCAGGAUAGUUCUGUACUUGAAACAAUGAAAUUUAAAUGUGAUAGUUUCAUCAAAGGACGGGAGAGAGACCAAAUAAAGUCAGCCAUUCAGUUGUGGACAGCAUUAGAAAAAAGAGAAUAUCUUGGAAUUUCAGACACAAAAUUUCUGAAAGACCUAUUAAAAUCAUGUAUGAAAGGACAUGUUGAGGCUUUGACUAUUUUAGAAAAAUAUGAACGAUUAAUCGGUGUUAUACCAACUACUUUAAACCAACAACAAAGUACAGCACCUGUGCAUUUUGCUGGAAAUCCACAGAUAAUUUACAUUCAGCAAGACAGUCAUACAGCUCUGCCAAGACAGUACCCACAACAGAAUGUAGAAGCUAGUGGUCCAGAUCUUACAACAGAGUUCUCAUUUCUAACAAAUUCCCUUGGGAAACACUGGUCAUUUCUAAUGAGGGAACUUGGCGUGCCAGAAAGUGAGAUAGAGGUGGUCCAGUCAGAUUAUAAAUAUACAAAGGAACAGAUCCACCAGUGUUUGAUCACAUGGAAGGGCAUACAAAAACAGGAUGCUACAAAACAAAGACUAAUAAAUGCUCUGAGAGAAGUUGAUAGGAAUGAUUUAGCAGAUACAUUAGAAGAAGGGACAUACUGAAUUUAUCAUCUACUUUUUUCAGUCACCAUACAUUUUAGAGGGCAAUUUUUGUUUUUCAUGACUCAAGCCUUAAUCUGUUGAAUUUCUGGACUUUUAGUGAUCUGUCUAAUAUUAAAAGAUGAAUGUUUUAUCAUUUAUUAGUCAGCCAACAGCAUAGAGCCUGGUCAGACUGUAUGUACAUGCAGACUGGCCUGUCUCUAUACUGGUGGCAAGGGCUGAUCACUUUCAAUUGCAACAGGUUAAAGUAAACAUUAUCUUUCAGUUCCCGAUUACUUAGAAUGUAUUACUUACAUGUACAUGGACCAAGUGAAAGAUGACAAAGAGAUAAACAUAUCUGUGGGAUAAAUUUUGGAGUGGAAGUGGAAAUAAUGUUAGCUCAGAAACAUUUCUUCAUUAUUCAGCUUACUGUAUGUUCAUAUGCUAAAGAGCCUGGGGUAAUCUACCAUAGAAUGAAAUUCCUUUCAGAAAAUGAGAAUAACGUCCAGUUAUAUUAACCUGUGAAUUGUGUAUUUAUUAUGCUUGCUUAAAUUUUCAGGUUUUCAGCAGUGACCAUAAUUAUGUUCAGACAGAAAUCUCGAAUAGUAUUUGUUGCAUUGAUAUACACGAUUAUAUUGUGAGUUUGCAUUAAACUGGUCCAGAGUU